AUGUGGGAUAACUGUUCCUUUAAAUACAGAAUCAAGCCUCCUAGACGCCAUCCUCUCUGUGAUUUUAACCAUGACCCGCGUCCCAGAGAAAAUGGUGAGGAAGAGUUGCCACCUCCACCUCCACCUCCACCGCCACCAUACAAUGAUGGAAUACACCUGGCCCUAGUACAAUUUAUAGCUGAUGCCACUAGACACCUUACUGAAGCAAUAUCACAAAUUCCACGACCUAACGAACGGGCUGAACCCAUAGGAAUUGAAGGGCCGAACGCAGCUGAAGCAUGGCUCACAGACAUAGAUGUGCUGUUUAAUACUCUUGGUUGUACAGACGAACAUAAAGUUUGGUACUUCGCACUACAGCUGAUGGGUGAAGCUGGGAGAUGGUGGAAUGCAAGGAAAGUGCUACUUGGGGACGAGACGGUGAUCAUUUGGGAGAUGUUCAAAGUGGAAUACAACCGACGCUUUUUCCCUAGAGCUCAGAGGCAGCUUCGGGCAAUAGAAUUCCAGAAUCUGGUUCAAGGUAAUAUGACCGUGGAACAAUAUUCUGCUAGAUUCAUGGAGUUAGCUAGGUUCGCAGCCAACCUCAUUCCUGAUGAAGAAUCAAAGGUUGAACGUUUCGAGAACGGUCUCAAUCCACGAAUCAAAGAACGAGUUAUAUGCCUCGAGAUUAAAGACUACGCUAGGUUAGUCGAAGUAGCGUCUCUUGUAGAGAGAGGAAUCCGCGAAUUAGCAGUAGCCUACGAUCUGAAGAGGCAAUUAAAGCAGCAAACAUCAUGUUCAAAAAAGAGGCUAGCAAUUGAGAGUUAUUCCAAGCUAAUUGACAAUAGGAAUUUCUUGCCCGCACUAGGAAACCAAAAACCCCUCUUUGACAAGUGUGGAAAACCACACGGGGGAGAAUGUCGGAUGAUGAAUCCAAGCUGCUUCAAAUGUGGUAAGCCUGGUCACGUCCAAAAGUAUUGUCCCAUGAACUCUGCUAAAGGAUCAAAGCUGCAAGGAGGCGAAUCUCGACAGCAAUACCUUGCCUAA